AUGUGCAAGGCUCUGGACAAAGAUGCAGACGAUCAAGAAUACCUGGUGCAGGUGGUCGCCUCUGCCAUCGAGUCUGCAGUGGAGGCAAACGAUAAGAAACCGCACCAGCUAGACUCGACCUCGUUCAUAGCUUCUUUCUACGGGACACCUCCUCCUAUAUCUGCACACGCCUACAUCAAGAGGAUUUACAAAUACGGAGGGCUGUCGCCUUGCAACCUUGUGGUUGCUCUGGUCUUGAUUGAGAGGCUCUACAGUAUCAUGGGCGAGAACAAGACAGACAAGAAAGUGUACAUACCUCUAAGAUCUACCUCCUUCCAGCGAAUGUACUUGACCGCCGCCAUGAUAUCCUCAAAGUUCGAGGAUGGAUAUUACUACAGCAAUGCCCACUGGGCUGAAGUAGCAGGCAUACCUCUACCAGAGCUGAACCGCCUCGAGCUCAAGUUCUUGUUCGGCAUUGCCUUCCAGGUUCAAGUGCAUAGGGAGACAUAUGACAUGUGGUGCAGAAAGCUGACAGAGCUUGUGAGGACUGACUCUCAUGACAGCGGCGAUGGCACGCAGUUGCGAUCCCAAGGAAUGAAUCGCAACCUCAUGCGGGCAGCAGCCAAGUGGUCUGCCAGCAAGCCCAAAGGGUACCGUCCAUGGCGCGCCGGAGAGCAACCUAGCUCGUCACAGGAUCCAAACUCGUUACAGCGGGAGCAGAGCUGGGAGGGAAGCGAAGCCAGUGCUGAGGAUUAG